UCUGUAAACAGUGGCAAACAGUUUGGUCUGUCUUUGGCUCCACUUAUGGCUGAAGUGAUUGUCUUUUAGUUGAUAUCACGAGUAUAUGAAUCGCAUUACAAGCCAUCCAUCACAUGAUGGCAUCGUUUCUGAUGCUCUCAUAUCUAAUUAAAGCCAAAUUCAAGAGAAAGUUAUUGAUUUGUCACUCAAUCAUCGCAUGCAUUGUUUUGUGUCAUUUGAUCCCAACCUUCGCCAGUCACUCGAUAUCACCCUCCAGUUCAUCCACUUGUGGUGAUGUGCUCUGCUUUCACGGCACCUGUCAUGACGGCCGUUGUAUAUGUGAUAAUGGAUGGCAGGGCUCGGCCUGUCAUCGGUGCGGAGGAAGGAUUAAAUUGGACGCGCCGUCAGGUUAUAUAAGCGAUGGCAUCGGGAACUACAGUACAGACCUUCAGUGCACAUGGAUUAUAGAGAGUGGUCUGAACGACUCGGUCAUCCGUCUGGAGUUCGUGCACUUCGAGACGGAGUGUUCGUGGGAUCACUUAUACAUCUUCGACGGCGACUCUGUCUUCUCGCCAGUGUUGGCCGCCUUCAGUGGUAUACUCGUCAGAGACGGACAUGUAUUUCAGCGGAUCCCCGAAAUCAGUGCCCAUUCCGGAAGAGCUUAUCUAUAUUUUUAUAGCGACGCCGCCUAUAAUAUGAGUGGUUUUAAUAUAUCGUAUAGUAUUAACACGUGUCCCAAGAACUGUUCGGGUCAUGGAGUGUGUGUCUCGCCAUCCCUGGGCUGCACCUGUGAUGCCGGAUAUGACGGCGAGGCCUGCGAUCGACUUAUUUGUCCCAACGAUUGCAGCGGACAUGGAGUGUGUGAUAGAGAGCAACACAAAUGCAAUUGUGAUUACGAUUACGUGGGCAUUGACUGCAGUCAACCACAGUAUGAGGGCUUCUGGACUAAUGUCAAUGCCAUCAAAGGGGUUAAGGGGAGGGCUCUUCACCAGUCAGUGCUCUACGAGAACUCCAUGUUUGUGACGGGAGGCGAGUACUAUGAACCUGAAGAGUUCCUCAUGAGGUUUGAUCUGAAACUUAAGAAAUGGGAGACCAUUAAAGCGGACCCCCAUUCAGGCGGUGCGCCCUCCGAACGGUUCGGCCAUUCCGUUGGUUUAUACGACAACAAACUUAUAAUGUUUGGCGGAAUGAUUAAAAACGGAACCAUUACUCGAGAUCUUUGGGCGUAUGAUAUACUGAAACAGAGAUGGGAUCUAUGGGUUGACGGCGACGACUACUUCUACACCCCCUGUGCCACACCUUAUUGCAGUCCAUUGCCGGUGAUGGGACAUACGGCUACUCUCAUAGACAAUCAAAUGAUAGUCAUAUUUGGAUAUAAUCCUGUGUUUGGUUACCUCAAUGUUGUCCAGGAAUUCAAUUUUUUGAGCAAAACCUGGCAAAUGAUACAAACUCGAGGAGCUAUAGUGAAGGGAGGUUUCGGUCACUCGAGUUGUUAUGAUUCGGUGACAAAACUUAUUUACGUCUUCGGCGGUUAUCACUCUCACGGCGCUUCCGAUACUAUACUCGUUGACCUCCUGUAUGGCUAUAAUCCUCGUUUCAAAUCAUGGAUUUUGCUGAACCCGAGCCAAUCGCCCCGUUACCUGCACAGCGCAACCAUAAUCAAUGGCUUAAUGCUUGUCUACGGCGGUAAUGGUUAUAACGCGAGUCACUACAACUCAGGCGACCGAUGCUUUUCCCCCCAAUUCCUGUCCUACGAAAUCUCAUGCGACACGUGGCGUACACUGAAGGACCCGUCGCCCGCUAUCCUAUUGAGCGACGCGGGCUUCGGUCGUUACGGUCACUCCAGUGUCUUAUACGAGGACUCAAUCUACAUAUUCGGCGGUUUCAAUGGUGUAAUGCUCAGUUCGAUACUUAAAUACUCACCGGGAGAUUGUCGUCGGUUUGUCACAAUAGACGAGUGCUCGCGAGUGAGGGCCGGAACCAAAUGCGUGUGGAAUAAAGACAAGAAUGUCUGCCAACCAUUCAGUGCACAGAAGGCAUCGCAAGUGUCGGCGUCGCUCUACAGUCCAUGCGAUAGUGUUUACGCCAACUUCACGGAGUUGUGCCAAAGACAGACACUGUGUCCGUCGUGUCUGGAGAACACCUAUGGCUGCGUUUGGUGUAGUUCUGGCCAAUGCUCUCAUCAAAAAUGUCGUAAAACCGGUAUCAAAGAUGAGGUGAAGAGUAUCAGCGACUCUUCCAGAUGUGAAGACGAUAUUCGGAGUUCUAAUUGUGAUAAACUUCAUAACUGUCACUCAUGUCAUACCGAAUACCAGUGCGGAUGGCAAAGGGAUUCAAAGUGUUAUACAUUUGUUAGAGAUUUCGACAACAAGACUGAGAAGACUGGCCUUCGCGAUGAUCUGAAGCCCACGUGCGAACAGCCCUGUCAUACGCGUAAUACGUGCGAGAACUGUACGGCCGGCUCAUGCAUGUGGUGUAGUUCCACCCGACGCUGCAUUGAGUCGAACGCAUACGCGGCUGUCUUCCCAAUUGCUCAGUGCAUGGAGUGGACAAUACAUCCAUACAAGUGCUCGGGUCUCACCUGUUCUGAUAUACAGACAUGUGAUAAAUGUUUGAAGAAUCCAUUGUGCGGGUGGUGUGAUGACGGCACCGGUACGGGAGUCGGCAUCUGUUUGGAAGGCGCCUCAACCGGACCCUAUAUGUGGAACGGAACACAUUAUUCGCUUGUAAUGAGUGCCUGUCCGGCCACCCACUGGCACUUCUCCCACUGUCCUGAUUGUCAAUGCAAUGGUCACUCGCACUGUAUGGCAGCCAACGUAUGUCACAAACCGUGUCAACACUUGACUGAAGGCACUCAUUGUCAGUACUGUAUGGCCGGCUAUUACGGGAACCCAAUAAAUGGUGGGAACUGUACGCCGUGUUCGUGUCACAGUCACAGUGUGUUCUGCAACCGGGAGUCAGGCAAGUGUCACUGUACGACCAAGGGCAUCACUGGCCACCACUGCGAGAAGUGUGACGAACAGAACAAUUACGUGGGAAACCCUCAGGAGGAGGGCGGCUCGUGCUUCUACAACCUCACGAUGGGCUACCAGUACACCUUCAAUAUGUCCAAACCCGACGACCGCUUCUACACUCGCAUCAACUUCAUGAACGUACCCAUGACUCCGGACAUCGACGUCGAGUUCAUGAUCCAGUGCCAGGAAAGUGCUUUAGUCAACAUCUCCAUCGGCUCCGCCACGUUUCCAAUCCGUACUCUUCACGAGCGACUCGAAUGCGGAAACUUUAAGCUUCGGUUCUCUCACGACGAGAACCUCUUUGGCAUUGAAAACACAACCUUUUAUGUGAAUGUCUUUGCUUUCUCGACACCAUUUGUUCUCCAGAUAUCAUUCUCACAGCACCGGACUCUCGAUUUGCUCCAAUUCUUUGUCACUUUUUCGAGUUGUUUCCUAACUCUUCUCAUAAUCGCUGCCAUUCUGUGGAAAAUUAAGCAAAAGUAUGACUUAUAUAGACGCCGACAGCAAUUGUUUGUAGAGAUGGAACAAAUGGCUUCGCGACCCUUCGCCACAGUUGUCAUUCAUAUCAAUAGAGAGCAAACAAACUUCAAAGACAGUCGAAGCCAUGAUUGUGAUAACCCGACGCCAAUCGCAUUAGAGCCGUGCAAUACUGGCAAAGCGGCUGUCCUUUCACUCAUCGUGCGAAUGCCUACGGGAGGAGUGGUAGCAACGCCUCCAGGUCAAACAGGAAUCGCGAUCGCUUCAGCACUGGUAUCCUUAGGAACAAUCCCUUUGGAGCAGAAGUCUAAUAAAGAGACCGAUUGUCCCAACAAUAAAGUGAUCAAUAGUUCAAAUAAGUUAAACAACUGUCCGACCACUACAACCAACAUGACUGGUGUUUAGCAUCUCAU